AUGACGGGGGAUGGUGUGAACGAUGCGCCAUCCUUGAAGAAGGCCGAUGAUGGAAUUGCCGUUGAGGGAUCGUCCGAGGCUGCUCAGGCGGCAGCUGAUACCGUCUUCCUGGCUCCGGGUCUCAGUACUAUUAUCCUGUCGAUCAAGACUUCUCGCCAGACCUGUCUCUCGUGGCAGCUCGUCGGCGCUAUCCUCGGCGUCGACGCCCUCGCCACUAUAUUCACCCUCUUCGGCUGGCUGUCCGGCAGAGGCGGCGGCGUAAUAGAGACCACACCGCACACCUCGUUUGCCAACUCCCACAACGGCUGGACUGACAUCGCGACCGUGGUCGUCAUCUGGGCAUACUCCAUCGGCGUGCUUAUAUUCAUUGCCAUCGUGUAUCUCGCGCUCAACAGCUUCUCGUGGAUCAACAACCUCGGGCGCAAGGACCGCAACAAAAAGGAUACGCAGAUCGAGGACAUCAUCGGUCAUAUCAAUAAGCUUGCCAUUGAGCAUGAGCUGGACCCCAAGACUGGCCGCGACAAGUACCUCAUCGUGGAGAAGGAGGCUGCCGAUGAAGAAGAUAUAUGA